UGCGUUGGAUGCUUUGUUACUGCGUGGUUCCGGAAGACGUGGCGGCCACCGUAACUGCAAGGAACUGGUUGUAGUUGGGUUUCCCUAAACCCCGUGAAAAGUUCCCCGUAUAGCUAGCUGUUGAUCCAUCCGUUGGAAAAAUGAUUUCGUUAACGGACUCUCAGAAGAUCGGCAUGGGAUUGACAGGCUUUGGGGUGUUUUUCCUCUUCUUUGGAAUGAUUCUCUUUUUCGACAAAGCUCUCCUCGCAAUAGGAAAUAUCUUGUUUGUUGCAGGCCUGUCUUUUGUCAUCGGCCUGGAGCGAACCUUCAGGUUCUUCUUCCAAAAGCACAAGAUGAAGGCCACCGGCUUCUUCCUCGGCGGCGUAUUCGUGGUGCUGGUCGGCUGGCCGAUGGUGGGCAUGGUCCUGGAAAUCUACGGGUUCUUCCUCUUAUUCAGGGGCUUCUUCCCGGUGGCUGUAGGUUUCAUCCGGAGGGUUCCCAUUCUAGGGUCCCUGCUUAACCUCCCAGGAAUCAGUGGGUUUGUGGAUAAAGUCGGGGAGAGCAACAACAUGGUAUAGCAGUGACCUGUUUUGGUUUGGAGGAAAUCAAUUUAUUAAUUUAUAAUAGAUUCCUAAUUUUUUUUUUUUUAAAUCCACAACUGGUCGAGUUGCCCGCAGACGCUAAGAUUGCUCUGUCAAAACUCUUUGGACUCUAAUCUGAUUAAAGGAAAAUAGCCAAGUUUUAUUAAUUUGUGGUUUGAUUCGGCAUGAUCUAUGCGAUUCACGGCCUGUAGAGGGCGCCGUACUUGCGGCCGUUGGGAACAUUAAUCAGGAGCCUGCGUCGCUCCCUGGAUUUGAAUGGCUGAAACAUCACCGGUCACACCAUCCGGACAUGGAGAUCAUGGAGGACUUUUCCAAGAGUAAUAAUGCCGACCUUUGCCCUGCUGGACACCUUGAGAACAUCGAGAUGGUUACAAUCAUACUGUUUCUAUGUAGGUUUGCAUCUGCGUUAACAUUUUAUUUGAGAAGUUUAAGCAUUGUUAUAAUGUUUUUUAAGCCUGGUGUUAACUAUGUUGCAAUAGUCCCCCCCCCCCCCCGCGACACACACACACACAAAUGAUGCCAUCUCCACUCUGUCCUCAAAUAUAUGUCUGUAAGAUAUCAUCAUACCAUCACUUAGCUCGAAUUUUCACGUGGCCUCCAGAGGGAGGUAAGUCAGUAAUGCCAACUGUUUGUUUUACUGUAUGAAACUUUUGUAAAUACAGAUUUCAGCUAAAAACAUUAGCGCGUGAGGCUUUUUUGUUUGUUUUAAAUACGAGGUGUAAAUAAACUGUUGGCCCCAGA